AUGGCUGAGUUCUCCAGUUAUAACCUCGCAACUAUCAACAUCAACAACAUCACGAACGCAACGAAAAUCGACGCACUUCGGUCUUUCGUACGAACGCUGCAGCUGGACAUCGUUUUCCUUCAGGAGGUGGAGAAUGAGGAGCUCUCUCUCCCUGGUUUCAACGUCGUCUGUAAUGUGGAUCACGCGAGGCGGGGAACGGCAAUCGCGCUAAAAGACCACAUACAAUUCUCGCAUGUCGAGAAAAACCUGGAUGGCCGCCUCAUUGAUUUGAGGGUGCAAAAUACGACGCUCUGCAACGUCUACGCACCAUCGGCGACAGCUUUUCGUGCGGAAAGAGAAAGGUUUUUCAACGGCACGAUCGCUUACUACCUUCGCUUCAACACGCAACACGUCAUCCUUGCCGGUGAUUUCAACUGCGUGCUACGUCCGAGCUACUCUACGAGUGCCAACUCAAGUCCAGCUCUCCAGGCGACCGUACGGCAGCUGCAGCUACACGACAUAUGGUUAAAACUGUACCCCACAUCCCCCGCACCCACGUACGUCACUCACAAUGCGGCAUCCAGGCUCGACCGUAUGUAUGUCAGCGCUGGGCUAUGCGAACAUCUGCGAAGCGCUGCCACGCACCUACGACUCGCAUAUGAUGCGUACUAUCAGAAUCCCACCAUGCUGGUGACUAUAAACCGCGUCAAAGCGCAAAUGCUGAUGUUGCAGCGACGUUUUGCACAAAAUUCUAUCCGCCUCAACGAGACGUUCGUUGCGGGUGAGAGCUUAUCCAUCUUCCAGCUGGGCGACAGACGAAGGAAUAAAACAACUAUAACAGAACUGCAGAACGAGCGAGGAGAACAAAUACAAGGCUCCCUGGAGAUCGAACAACACAUGUUCCGAUACUUCAGGGACCUGUAUGCGGCUGGAGAGGCGAGGCAGGUUGGGGAAGAAAAAUUUAUAAACGAGAGAGUCGUACCUGAGAACGACGAAACCAACGAUGCUCUAAUGGCAGAGAUCACUAUUGACGAUUUGAAAUCGCAGAAACGAAAAUCGCCUGGUACCGAUGGCCUGCCGGUAGAGUUCUACCUACGAACAUUCGACGUCAUCUAUUGGGAGCUGUACUUCGUAAUAAAUGAGGCUAUGACGAAUGAGCUCCCCUCGGAAUUCACCGCUGGCACAAUCGUGCUGGUCAAAAAGAGAGGUGGCGAUGGGACAGCGAGAGCAUACCGUCCGAUUAGCCUGCUCAAUGUCGAUUAUAAAAUUCUUAGCCGUGUGAUGAAGGCCCGAUUGGAACGCGUGCUGCAGAUACAUCGAGUUCUGAGUGACGCUCAAAAAGCUACACUCUCGCUCAAGGAUCGUGUGGCCCAGCUUAUCGCAAAAAAACAGAAAGGGAAGCUGAUCUCGUUCGACCUAGAGAUCCGAUGUCGAUGCUGCUCUUUGUGCUCUACCUCCAUCCCCUCCUCACACGGGUGGAGCGUGUGUGUGGCGGUGAUCUUUGCGUUGCGUACGCUGACGAUAUCACGGUGA